AGCAGGGUGUCAGCAGGGAGCCUGCAGCCCGCUGCUCUGGUCUCUUUAACGGCAGGGCGGAGGGCAGAUUUCCGAUCGUCCAUGAAGCGGAUUACGGCUUCAGUCCUGCGUCUGCUGCUACAUCAUCUCAGCUGAUCCGGAGGAUUCCCUCUGCAGGGAAACAAACAAGUCGUGCCUGUAUGUUCAGCACAGAGCCCGCCAUGGACUUCAACGUGAAAAAACUGGCUUCUGAUGCGGGGCUGUUCUUCACCCGGGCAGUGCAGUUCACAGAGGAGAAGCUGGGUCAGGCCGAGAAGACUGAGCUGGAUUCUCACUUAGAGAACCUGAUCGCCCGGGCUGACUGCACCAAGAACUGGACUGAAAAGAUCUUAAGACAAACAGAGGUGCUCCUGCAGCCCAACCCGAUUGACCACACUGGCGCUCGAAUAGAGGAGUUCAUCUAUGACAAGCUGGAGAAGAAGCUUCCAUCCAAGACGACCAACGCAGAGCUGCUGGGCCAGUACAUGCUGGAAGCUGCCAGUGAAUUUGGUCCAGGGACGCCAUACGGCAGUACCCUGAUCACAGUGGGAGAAUACCAGAAGAGACUUGGAGGAGCUGAGCGUGAGUUUCUCCAAACCUCGGCUGCCACUUUCCUCACUCCUCUACGCAACUUCCUGGAGGGAGACUGGAGGACUAUAUCUAAAGAGAGGCGACUUCUGGAGAAUCGACGGCUGGAUCUUGACAUCUGCAAAGCACGUGUGAAAAAAGCUAAGCAGGCAGAAGCCAAAGCAGCGGCUGCACCUGAUUUUCAGGAGACAAGGCCUCGAAAUUAUGUUCUUUCUGCCAGUGCAUCAGCGCUGCUGAGUGAGGAGGUGGACAAAGCAGAGCAUGAACUUCGUGUCGCUCAGACAGAGUUUGACCGACAAGCUGAGGUCACCAGACUGCUGCUGGAGGGGAUCAGCAGCACACAUCUGAACCACCUGCGUUGUUUGCAGGAUUUUGCAGAGGCUCAGGCCACUUACUACGCCCAGUGUCAUCACUACAUGCAGGACCUUCAAAGGGAGCUCAACAGAUGCGCUAAUGCUGUGGGCGGCCCCCAUCCGUCUGCUGUCUGCCCUGACACCGUCUCCUCUACUUUCCUGCCACGACCAUCAUCUCCUGGCGCCACAGUCACCUCCUCUUCCUCCAGCCAAAGGCCCACCACUCUGGCUAUGGAGCAGAUGCAGCUGCCAGUCACAGGCACCAGAAAGGCGAAGGUCUUGUAUGACUAUGAUGCCCAUGAUGCUAGCGAGCUUUCCCUUUUGGCUGAUGAGCUCAUUACCGUAUACACCGUACCAGGUAUGGACCCUGAUUGGUUGGUUGGAGAACGGGGCAACGAAAAGGGCAAAGUCCCUGUCACCUACCUUGAACUGCUGAGCUAAUGGACCAAACAACAGGACACACACACACACACACACACACACACACUGCAAAAACCUCUAUCUACUGUCACAUGUGUGCAUUUAGUGCACUUACUGUAUUUUGAUCUGUGACUAUCUGAAACACUUAUGCAAACUUGUCUGUAGGAAACUGGGAGUAAACAUGGGUGGAAAUUGCAGCAAACUCUUGUGACUGUGUGAGCAACAGUUUCAUUUAAUGUGGCCACGUGGGUCAUUACAGACUUUUCUCUCGUUCCAAUAAUGUAUAUCCAGAGUGUGACUUAAUGAGCCCAUUUAAAGCUACACUUCCUCAUUUUGUUAACAGUGCAGUUUGGGUGUGAAAGUGAAACUCCAAGGAGAGAUUUAUUUGAUUCUUGUCAUGUGUUUUUACCACUGAGGCAUUCAAUGACCAAGAUCUCAUGUCAUCCAUUAAAGAAUAAUUCCAAUUUA